GUCCACUCCCCCAGGCCAUGCACCUCUCCCGGCCAUGCCCUCCCCCACCCAUCCCCUAUCAUGUCCCAGCACCUCCCCGGCCACUCAACAGUCAGGCGCCUCUGAGUCAAGAUCCCAGUGGUCGGCACAGUACCGUGGUAAAGAUGCAUAAGCUUGUGGCUGUGGUGGCCUAUUUGGCUAUUGGAGCAUUAGGAGCCCCUGCUGCUGAUGAAAUAACACAUCUUCCAGGACUCAAUCACAUCAUCCCUUUUCGUCAUUAUAGUGGAUAUUUGUCUGGGGCUGAGGGAAAGAACCUCCACUAUUGGUUUGUGGAGUCUUCACGCAGCCCUGCAGAUGACCCUUUGGUUCUUUGGAUGAAUGGUGGCCCUGGAUGCUCUUCAAUGGAAGGUCUUCUGGCUGAAUUAGGACCAUACCGUGUCAAUCCUGAUGGGAAAACAUUGAAGAAAAAUAUUUAUGCAUGGAACACUAUGGCUAAUGUGUUAUUCCUGGAAGCUCCUGCCUGUGUUGGUUACUCAUAUGACUCCAACGGUGACUGCAGUACCGGAGAUAAUGAGACCUCACUUUCAAACUAUCUUGCACUCAAAGACUUCUUCACAACCAAAUUUCCAGAGUAUCGCAAGAAUGAGUUUUAUAUCACUGGAGAAUCCUAUGCAGGUGUAUAUGUACCUACAUUGGCAGUACGAGUACUAGAGGGUCAAGAAGAUUUCAACAUUAAUCUUCAAGGGUAUGCUAUUGGCAAUGGUCUCUCCAGUUACAAGCUUAAUGACGACUCUAUUAUCUUCUUCGCCUAUUUCCAUGGUCUCUUUGGUGAAGAUUUGUGGGUACGUCUUGUGACUCAUUGCUGUGAGGGAGGACGUGUUUCAAAAGAUGGAUGUAACUUCUACCAGACACAUUGGCCACUGUGUUCUAAAGCAGUAAGUGGUGAUUUAAUGCCAAAUAAAACACACAAGAACCUUGGCAAUCUACCUAACCUAUUUAGGUCAACAUCCUAUUAUCCUUGCAUAAUAUAUCCCUACUUUUUUUGUAUUUUUAGGCUUAGCACCUUCACUUUGGAUCCACCUUGCACAAAUGGCACAAACCUCUUGAUGUACAUGAAUAAUCCAGAGGUCCGCAAAGCUAUCCACAUUCCAGAGAGUGUUCAGAAAUUUGAGCUUUGCAGUGAUGAGGUAAAUGCCAACUACAAGCGGGAAUAUGACACAAUGAAGCCACAGUAUGAGUAUUUGACAACACGGGUGCGUGGUCUUGUCUACAAUGGAGAUAUUGACAUGGCCUGUAACUUCUUGGGGGAUGAAUGGUUUGUGGAAAGUCUUGGGUUAAAGGUACUGGAACAGAGGAAGAUGUGGCAUCAGGGAGGACAAGUUGGAGGCUUUGUGAAGCGUUUCCAAAACCUUGACUUGUUGACAAUCCGUGGUGCUGGACACAUGGUUCCCGAAGACAAGCCAGCACCUGCCCUAAAAAUGAUCACUUCAUUCCUUUUCAAGAAACCUUACUAGCAUCAUUAAAAAAUGAAUAUGGACUGGAGGAGAAGCUGAAAGAUCAUUGCUAAACUACAGUAUGUGAUAAAGUUGUGAUAUACUGUACAGUACUUUGUAAUUUAUACAAUUGUAUUUAGAUUCAGGUUUGAAUGUGACACUGAUGUGAUAUCAAGGAAAAUUAAAUGUUUUAAGGGUGGAAAUAACAUUCUGAUAGGACAGUGAAAAAGUCAUGUAAAGGGGUCGAGUGAAAGUCGGUAUAUUUCAAGAUUGAAGAGUUCAUCAAUUGUGUGUUCAUAUUGAAUUAUUGGAUGAUAGUAAGAGUGAAUAAUGCAGUGAAUUUGAGAGAAGAAUAAGAGGGUGACAAGUAUGGUGAGUGAAUGUGGGAAUGGUGUGAACAGCACAAGAAAUGGGGAAGUCAAUAUGAAAUUAAUUUGAGUAGGAGUGAUUGAUAUAUUUUUUGAUAAUUAUGGUUCAGCAUACAAAGUAGUGGGGCACUAAUAGAGAUGCUUUGCUGGAAUGUGAUGGUGAUGCUCCAACAUAAUGCAGGUUUGUGCGGUUGAUAUGAAGUGCUUGAAUAUCUGAAUUUAAUCUUCACUACAUUGCUCUUUUUUUUUUUUCCUCUUUCCUCCAGACUAUAGCUUCUCCACCCGAGGAAACGGGGUGCUGGGAGUUAGUACAGUAUUUAGGUUUUUGUGUAUUAUAAUUUAAUAAAAUUUAAAUGCCUAAAUACUGUACAAGUAUACACAUGGUUGCACAUUAUUUAAAGUCUUUAUGAAAUAGAAUUCAACUGUAGUGAAAAAGUCUUGAUUUACAGUUAAUUCCUGAGCCUACAUGGUUAUAAACAAUGCAGUCCACAUCUGUACUUUAAAUGUAUUAAGUCUAAACAUUUAAACUUGGUUUACAUGUCAAUGCAAUUUCUAGAUAAUCUCUUUGCAAAUUGAGGCUCACCUAUAUUAUAUUCGGUAAACAUUUUUACCCCAGACUAAUUUACGAAGUGUUGAACUUAUUUUUCAAAAUAUCUUUUCUUUGAAUGUAGUGAGACAAUAAGAUCCUUAAAGAAAAUCUGGUGCCACCUAUGUAGUUUAAAUUAUACUGUGUGGUGCAGGCAUGUACAUGUACUGUGUAUUGUCCAGGAACAAUGAACCACUUAAUUCUAGGAGUGGACUGUGCAGAUUUUCUUGCCAUCAGUAUUGGGUAGUUACAUAUUGGGUAAUUUAAAUACAAAUUAUAUAUAUUUUUGUUCUAUAUAUUUUAAAUAUAUAUUUUCAGUACAGUAUACAGUACUGAUUAGAGAAUUAUUCAUUAUUAAAGUCAUAUAUUGUGCAUACAUAAUGAAUUAAGAUUAGAGUAAAUUUAGUUAGUCCAAAUAAAUAUACUGUAAUGCAA